AUUUUAUUUUCUCACACACGCAAAUACAUACAUACAUACAUACAUACAUACAUACAUAGAUACCUAUAUAUUUACAUAUAUAGAUAUAUAGAUAUAUUUUUUAUACAUACAUAUUAUUAAAAGUAAAGUAAAAGCAAGCAGAGAAAAUACCAAUAAUUAUUGUGCUGCCAAUUAUUGUCAAUUAUGGAACAAACGUCUGUUCGGUCACCAAUAUCUACCCACCGUCAACGUCCUGAUUCACUCACUGAUGAUUAUGAAUAUCAUAUCUAUGACACAAGUCCUGGCGAAAGGUCAUACAUAGCCUCGUCUUCGUUUGGUUCCUGCCCUAUUGUGGUCAUGUCGCGCCAUCAAGGCUUUGAGUGGAAUGAGGAGCUCUUUGUCGGAGCCUAUCGCCGCAACGCUGGCUGUGAGAGCCACAAGAGUCGUGGGAGACAGCAGCGUGAAGAACGCAUCUCGGAUGAAAUCAGAAGAAACUCGACAGAAACCAACAGUGAUACUGUUUGUAGAGAAAUUGAAAGAGUAGUUGAGAUUAAAUUAACAGACAAAGAAAAGGAUAUUUGGCCCUGAUCCUCUCCCUCCAAAACAAAAACAAACCAAAAGAAAAGGAAAAGAAAAGAAAGCAGAGUUCCUUAUUUCUUUUAUUAUUUUUAUUAUUAUUUUCCACUCCCCCUCACUCUUGCUCUAACUUUCACUCCCCCUUUUUAAUUUUUCUUUUAUUUUCUUCUUAUCUAUCCACAUUUUAUAUAUACAUAUAUACAUAUAUAUCCAUGAACAGAAUUCGCACACGCACGCACGCACGCACGCACGCACGCACACACACACAUGCAUACAUACAUACAAAUGAAUUGAAUUGAAUUGAAUGUGCCAUACUUUUCUUGUAGAACACAGGCUGAAUGUUUGAUCAGGGCGUCUUUUACAACUCCGUCAUCAAAGCCUUUUUCAUUUCUUAAAAAAUAAUAAUAACAAGUUUAUUCUGUUUUAUAUUGUUUUGGUUUGAUAAAAUUGACUGUAAAGAGCACCUUUUUUCUUUUAUACGUUCUACCUUCAUAUCUUUAUAUUCAAUAAAGUUGUUUAUUUCUCAU